CUUUGUAAAACACGUUAAAAGAAUCAAAAUAAAUAAAUAAAUUUCCUUUACAACAUUCAAAUUAAAUGCCUGUAAUUUGUCAUUAUUGUGUUUUAGGCUUAGAUAGUGGGUUGAGGCAAGUAACUUCUUUGCCAUCUGCUGAGAGGAUAUAUCUGCUUUCUUUUGAGUUUUAUUCAUUCAUUCCUAAGAAACUGGUAACAUGGAUUGAUGACAUUAAUCUUUUUGGUGAAAUGUUUCAGCAUGCAAAAGACCAUUGAACGAUACUCUGUAUACAAAAGAAAUUUCCAACUCACAAGCUUGAAAUGGAACAACACAUGCAGGUUAGACUUCCAUCUUUCAUUGUACAGAUUAUCCUUGAAUACUUUUCCGAGAAAAGGGAAGUUCAAAAUUUAUUUGUUUUUCAUAGAAAACAGAAACAAUUAUAGUUAGGAAAGAAAAUUGUAAGGUUUGGUGUUUUAGUUGAGGAUCCUUGCACAAUCUGAGUUAUACGAAAAGGAGGAGCUAGCGUGAACAUUUAGACGA